GAUAUAGAAAAUUGUAUGAAAAGAGUUAAACUUUUAUUUUUUCGACAAGAAAUUGCUUUAAGUGAAGAUCUUAGAAUAACCCCUUAUAGUAGUGGACAUUCUAUCGGUUCUUGUAAUUGGCUAUUAUCUACAAAUCAACAUAAAAUUGGGUAUUUUGCUGCUUCUUCACUCCGUCCUUCCCAUCCAAAAUCAAUGGAAUUAAAUUCUUUUAAUAAUCUUGAUGCAUUAAUUCUUACUUCAAUUCACACAAAUGAUCAAAGUCCGGAUAUAACGGUAUAUAAAUUCACUUCGGCUGUUGUAGAAACUCUCAAAAUUGGUGGAAAUGUUCUUAUUCCAGUUAUUUCGACUGGACUUAUUUAUGAUUUAUUUGAAAUAAUUGUAAAAGCAAUUGAAGUGAAUAAUCUUUCUCGAAAUAUUCCUGUUUAUUUCAUUUCUUCGAUUGCUGAAAAUAGUUUAGAAUUUGCAAAUAUUUUUUCUGAAUGGCUUUCUGAUGAUAAAGGGGCGAGAAUGCUUCGGAACCGUCGUAUUCGUGUUUAUGAUUCUUUACAUGGACCUUUCUCUAAAGAAUGUCGACAACCAUCCAUUGUAUUUGCUGGACAUCCAUCAUUGAGAAUUGGAGAAAUUGUUCACUUAUUGGACCUUUGGGGAGGAAAUUCAAAAAAUGCAAUAAUGAUGAUAGAUCCCGAUUAUCCUUUGGAGACUUAUUAUUCUCCUUACAAAACUUUAGCAAUUCGUGCCUACUACUUUCCAAUAGAAACCCGUCUGGAUUGUAAUCAAGUUUUUAAUAAGAUAAUCAAAGAUUUGUCCCCCAAACAAGUUUUAUAUCCGGAUGAGUAUUCCUCCUCUUUCUCAACUUUAAAUGCACUUCCAAUUCCAACUAUUUGUUUUAAACAAAAUGAGGAAUUUAAAUUAAAAAUAAUUACAAAUACCCAAACAAAACAAAUUUUAUUAAAAAGAAAAGAAAAUGAAGAUUUGCCAACUUCUAUUCCAUGGAAAAGGGUUAAAGUUGAUUAUGAAGUUUUAAAACAUUUAAAAUUAAAAGAAAAGUUUGAUGGUUUAUGUCCAAUAAAAGGACAUAUUUCGGCAACAAAUAAUCAAUUGGAAUUUAAUUUUAAUUCAAAAAUAAACAAAAAUGAAAAGAAAAUUUCAAAACAAAAAUUUAUUGGACGUUUAAAUGUUACAACAUUUAAAGAAUUAUUAGAAAAGCGUGAAUUUCAAUGUGAAUUAAUUCAGACGGGAGAUGAAGAAACAUUAAUUAUUAAAAAUUAUUCUGCUCGUAUUCGAAUAAUUCAAGGAGGUCGACGAACUUUAAUAAAUUGUUCGGAUGAAAUAAAAAGGAAAGAAAUUCAAUUAGCUGUUCACGAAUGUUUAACUAAAUUUGUUAGCCCUGAAUUAAUUAAUGAAACAAACAACAAAACAUAA